GGCGGAGAGCGGCGCAUGCGUCCCAGCCGCCCACGUGGGGAAGAAGGCCCGCCGACCUGUCCCCGGUGUCUUCGGUGGGAGCGGCUCGCUCGGCCAUGGCAAGACCAAGGCCCGUUCGCUUUCGCCCGCCGCUUUCGCUCCGGCCGGGAGCCCGAGCGAGCCGGCGGCGGAAGACGAAGCGGAGAAGAAGAGGCAAGCUCCCCGGCCGCCGAGCUGCUGGAGAAGUUGCAGCACCCCAAUGCCGACGUGCGUGAAUUUGCUUGCGCCAACAUUUCCAAGAUGUUGCAACAGCAGCAGACGAUCCCAGCUUUUGUGCAACGAGACGUCGUUCGGCGGCUGGGCCCGUUGCUGCUGGAUCCAAGCUUAGUGGUUCGGGAGACGGCGGCGGGAGCUCUCCGAAAUCUCAGUGCCUGUGGAGGAUUUGAAGUUUGCAACGAUAUGGUCGCUAAAGACAUCAUGACUCCUCUGGUCGCUUUAUUGAAGAGUGCCAGACAAGCAGACGAGAAGAACCAUGCCGGAAGCAUCGCUAACGAAGCUGUGAAUCUGCUCUGGAAUGUGUGUGAAUGCAACAGUAACGCCGUUUCAAUAUUCAACAAAGAAGGAUGCUUAGAUGUUGUUCUACAAUAUCUGAAGAGAUUUCAUGCAAAUGUUGACCUGGCUAUCGCUGUGGCGUCCUGUUUACAAACCGUGACAGAAGAACCAGAUCUGCUAUCGUCUUUCGCUGCACCUGCGCACCAGGUGCUGGAAAUGGUCAUGUUAUCCUCGGAGAAAGAUAUGGACCAUAUCCUUUGUGCGGACCUUGGUGGCAGGGUAGCGUGGAACAUCAAGAGCACCGUGCCUUCGGGAAGCCAGGCGGAAACUAUCAAUGCCAUCCUGAAGAUUUUCUCAGAGUGUCUGGCGGUGGAUGCUGGAGAGGCGGUCGUUCGGAUGAAGGAAGCCGAGAAAAGGUUGAAGGCUCCCGUUGAAGGAAACGAGGUGAACGGAGGAAGCGCCACACACGUAGAAGAGGAUAGAAUGGAAGGAAACUACAGGGAUCGCCCAAGGAGAGAGGACCUGUUGGAUCUACUGCCAGUAACCAGCAAGCGUUGAAGCAAGUGAGAGCGUUACUACUGUGCUCAACAAACUGCCCUGGAGAUCAUUGUCAACAUGUGCUGCAAACGAGAUGCCUCUGACGAAGAAUGGGAGGAGUUAUCGAGCAGCGAUGAGAGCGAUGCCUUUCUGGAUAACAGUUACGAAGAAGAGGGAAAGCUCCUUUCGCUGUGCCUUUCAGCUGAAAUUCACACCGCCCUGGUCAACCAGUUGAUCCCAAAGAAGAUCCUGGAAAAAACUGCUUUCCCUAGUGCAGUUACUCUUGAUGUCUGUAUGAAGCAUCCAUCUUGGAAGCCUCUGAUGAAAAAGUUGAACAUGAUCCAGUACAGAGCGCUAACCUGCCUUCAUAGCAUCUUACUGGUGUCGGACGUGGAUAGCCUGGGGGGCCCUUCGGUGCUUCAAUCCCUCUCACAGCAUCUGUCUCAGUUAAUUUUUUCUCAGCCAGAAUUUUCAAAAGAAGUGGAGUUUCUAGAAGCUGUCACCAGUGCGUUGCGAGCUCUUUUGCAAAUGUUGGCAUCCAAUAAUAUACCUCAGUCCAUGACCCCGGAGCAGCUGAUGACUCUGUGUGACACCGGAAUUCAGAGCACAAAUACCAGCGUCCGAAUCAACGUGGUUAGCAUUUUGGGAAUUGCUGGGAGUGUGCUUGCCAAAGUGGAAGACACCGCGGAGACGCUCAAGAACAUCGGGAAAUUCCUCCUCAAUGUUGCGACGAAGGACCCUUCCCUUGUGGUGGUGGGAGAAGCCUUGGACGCCCUCUUCGACGUUUUUGCCGAUGGCAAAGAAGCGGAAAAGGCAGCGGAGGAAAUCAAGUUGCUUUACGCGCUUAAGGAAUUCCAGCCCGUUUUCAAGUCACGAAUGCGAAAAGAAGGCAGAGGACAGUAUAACACAGAACAACUGUGUGUUCUAGACAACGUGAAGCUGAAUUUAAGAAGAUUUAUUGCCUAUCAAGAGACACUGGACAGAAAGAAAAAAGCUUUGGAAUAGAAAUAGAAUGGAAAGUUCUAUUUUUGAUAUAGUUUAUCAACUGUUUUAACCAUGAAUUCUAUAGGACUUUGUAACAACAGCUAGGAGGAGAAAGGGGUUAUGGUCUGCUUUUCAUGUUAUGUGUCUUGAUUUGGGGGAGAGGGGAAGCAAAGAGGCAGAGAAAAGUGUGAAAAUGAAUUCAGUACCACAAAAGGUCAAAAUUUGUCCUUAAUGUGGUGGAAUGUUUUGAUUUGCCAUUCUUGGAAAAAGAAUGAGUAAAAAAUCAAAAAUAAAAUAUUAUAAUGGAAGGGUCCAUUUUCUUAAUGUGGACAAAAUAAUUUGAUUUCCUUGAUGAUAUAUUUCAGGCUUUCCUGUUUUAUUUUAUUUUUAAGUAAAAGUCCAAUGUAAAAAAAAAAAAAAGGAUAAAACAUUGUUCCUGGGUGAUACCAGUUUUCUCAGUGCCCAAAUAUGGAGACUUUUUCUGCUUCUUUUUAAAAAUGUUUUCUUGAUAACAGCCAAGUUCACACAUUGCAUUUUUGCUAAUAUGCAUAAUAUAUGCAGAAGUAUUUCUUCAUAUUGUAUUUGAAAUCCUUUUAGCCAAAAGCUGUUUAAAAUGCAAAAUAACUACGUUUUCUACCAAAA